CUUGAAGAUGUUGGAGGUAUGGAGGAAGAAAAACGUACUCUGUUGGAGGUUUUGAUAUGGCCCUUCAAGUAUCAUGAAGUGUUUCAAUCGUAUGGCAUGCGUCUAGGGAAGGGAGUGCUAUUGCAUGGACCGAGUGGUUGCGGAAAAACUCUUCUGGCUAAAGCAGUCGCUGCUUAUUCGAACUUCAGCUCAAUUUUUGUCAAGGGACCUGAGCUUCUGUCUAAGUAUAUCGGAGCAAGUGAAGAAAACGUUCGGAAUGUGUUUGAAAGGGCACGUGCAUCUGCUCCGUGUAUCAUUAUUUUUGACGAAUUGGAUUCGUUGGCACCGCAGCGAGGGUCCGAUAGCACUGGAGUGACUGAUCGUGUUGUCAAUCAAUUGCUUACUGAGAUGGAUGGUGCUGAAGGACUGCAGGGUGUUUUCGUGAUUGGAUGUUCAAGUAGAAUCGAUCUCAUAGAUUCUGCCUUACUGCGCCCCGGACGUUUCGAUCAUCUUCUGGAAUGCCAUAUUCCAAAUAAGGUAGUCCGUUGUUUUCCUCGAUUUCUGAUGGCUUUUCACUCGUUCAAUAAUUUUAUUCGUUUGGAGACGAUUGAAUGUAUAUCUGGCCUUUACAAUGACUCGCGGUGGCCUACCGGUGUAUCGAACCAGUGCUGCUAUACUCACAGACAGGUCUGCUACCAAUUCGCCAACCCCGGAUGGAUGGAAGGCUUGGUGGGCUAUAGGCGCUGGGAUCGAUUUCACGUGUGUGUUGUAGAGCGCCUCCAACCACUGCGCCACACACGCCGUUGGCACUGGUAA